AUGCUCAGGAGGAAGGGCCGGGCAGGCGGGGAAGAGGCUCACGGCCAGGGGAAAGGGAGGAGCUGCUUCGCCUGCUGGAGGAGGCGGAAGACAGCAGCUCCUCUAGCUGACCCGGAGGCACCUUCUGGGCCGAAACGGAGGUGUCCCCGGGUUCAGCCGUGGAGCAGAGAGCCAGGGGAGGGCAGGAGCCGGGGACGGCAGCUCUGGGGCUUCCUUUUCAGGAAGCCAAGGAUCCAGGAGCUGCGCCCCAGGGCCCAGCAGGAGCCGCCAACCAUCGUGGCAGCUGAGGGGCCCUGCGCCAGCCCGACCCUGGCCCCAGAGGAGCCUCCCGCCGGCACCACUCUGGCCCCGGAAAAGCCUCCCGCCGGCACCACCCUGGCCACGGAAGAGCCUCCCGCCGGCACCACCCUGGCCCCGGAGAAGCCUCCUGCCGGCACCAUUCUGGUGACUGAGAAGCCUCCUGCCAGCACUACCCUGGCCACGGAGGAGCCUCCCGCCAGCCCCACCCUGGCCACGGAGGAACCUCCUGCCAGCCCCAGCCUGGCAACUCAGAAGCCUCCCGCCAGCCCCAGCCUGGCACUUGUGGCGCCUCCUCCCAGCCCAGAGCAGGAGUUCAGUGACAGCACCAGCUCUGUAUUCUCCUGCGGGUCCAGCAGCUCCUCCGUGGGGUCUGGGAGCCCUGUGUUUCAAGGCUCCCUCUUUGGAGCCUCGCUCCAGGCCCUCCAGCCACCCGCUCCAGCCCUGCCUCCUCCUCCUCCUGAUCUUCCCCGACACCGGCAAUUUCGACCACCCAGCUUUGACCUCCAGCGCAGAUAUGGACUCUGGCUCCGGAUGUGCCUGCACAUAGUCAACACCUGCCUGCAGUAGACAGGCCUGUAGUGAGGCGGUCUGGCUCCCGGCCGCACCUGAGAGGGAGGAGCCAGAACAGCCGCCACAGUGGGCGGAGCCA